AUUGGCUCCUCGGGAAACAGCGGACUUGUUCCUUGGUCCUGCUGGCGUCCGCUUCGCCACGCGGGGAUCCCGCGAAGCCCGCUUUUCCCAGUGUCUGGGUACUUAAAGAAGAUUAUUUGAAGACUACUUUUGGAAUCAAACAGCAUGGAUCCCAGCAGUGACUACUACUUCCUCAAUCAGAUUUUGUGGAGAAGGGUGAAACUCACAUUGGUCUGUGGCAUCUUUGAGGGAGUGCUCCAGCAUGUGGACCCUAACAAGAUUGUUGUCCUAAAGAAAGUGAAGAAUGUGGAGACUGGUCGAAGUGUCCCAGGAGUGAAGAUGUUUUUUGGGCAUGAGAUUGUGAACGUGGAACUACUAGAUGAAGUGGAACUACUAGAUGAAGUGACAGAAAAGGCAUCUUCUGUUAGUCUAAAUGCAGAAAGAACCAGGAAGGAUGGAAUGAAAAAUGAAAAUCUAAAUGUAUGUGAGCAUCCUUCUCCUGUCCCUGAGUUGUCAACCACCUCUCUGCUGAAUGACCUCAAGUACAGCCCAUCAGAGGAAGAGGAAGUGACAUACAUAGUCAUCGAUCAGUUCCAGCAGAAGUUCGGUGCUGCAAUGCACCACAUCAAGAAGCAGAGUGUCCUGAGUGUGGCAGCAGAAGGUGCUAAUGUGUGUCGACAUGGAAAACUAUGUUGGUUUCAGGUGGCCACAAAUAGCCGAGUUUACUUAUUUGACAUUUUCCUUCUGGGAAGUCGUGCAUUCAACAAUGGACUUCAGAUGAUAUUAGAAGACAAGAGAAUUUUGAAGGUUAUCCAUGACUGUCGUUGGCUUUCUGAUUGUCUAUCUCAUCAGUAUGGAAUUUUUCUGAAUAAUGUCUUUGACACACAGGUAGCAGAUGUCCUUCAAUUUUCCAUAGAAACAGGUGGCUUUCUUCCAAAUUGCAUCAGUACUUUACAGGAGAGCUUAAUCAGACAUCUUAAAGUAGCCCCCAAAUAUCUCUUCUUUCUGGAGGAGAGACAAAAACUGAUUCAGGAAAAUCCAGAAGUGUGGUUCACACGACCUCUUUCACCCUCUUUACUGAAGAUUUUGGCUUUGGAAGCCACCUACCUGCUACCCCUUCGCUUAGUGCUGCUGGAUGAGAUGAUGUCUGACCUAACCACCCUGGUGGAUGGGUACCUAAACACCUACCGAGAAGGGUCUGCAGACCGGCUGGGAGGCGUGGAGCCUACAUGUAUGGAACUUCCAGAGGAACUGCUUCAACUCAAGGACUUCCAGAAGCAGCGCAGAGAGAGAGCUGCAAAAGAAUAUAGGGUGAAUGAACAGGGACUCCUAAUAAGGACAGUGCUCUAUCCAAAGAAAUCAAUGACAGAGGCUGCAGGGAAAGAGGGAAAAGUUAGAGGUUCCUUAUUUUGUAGACCUUCCAGGCUGGAUAAAGCUCCACAUUUUACAUCUCAUGAGAAUGUAAAUUUGCUCAAAGAAGGAUCUAAGAGUGAGCAAACUACAGCAGGAUCUCAACAUGUACCUCCCAUAGAGGAAGAAACCAGUGAAGGUUCUAGUACUAAUAAGAUUUGCUCUGAGUCAGAGGGGCCAGCGGACCAGGGAACACCUCAAAAAGAACAGCUUAAGAUACUUAAACAGGAGUUUCAAACAAGCUUGUCUUUGAAAGAGGAGAUAGAACAGUUAUUGGUGUUAGGAAACCAGGAAGAUCUAAAAUGCACAAAAGGAGAUGUUUCAGUGUCUCCUUCCCUUCCUCAGGAAAACCAAGUGUCUCCAAAGUGACACCUUUCAUCCUUUCAGAAAAGCUGUGCUUCCCAUACUUCCUCCCUUUCCAGCCUUGGAGAAGACCCACUCCUGGAUCAAUCCUUCUCCAAUUCUGCCUUAGCGAUCUUUAAUUCACUCUUGAGGCUGUAAAGAUGGAGCCCAUUUCCCCUGCCCUCAGGGCCUUCCUCCGUGCUUGAGUUGCUCACGUUGUGAAUUUAGUUCUGCCUCAGUCACGGGCUUUGGGGAAAACUGUGUCCUCUUGCUUAACUCCUACAUUCCUGGAAUUUGAUUAGGAUGGGAAUGAAUGUUAAAUAAUGGAAGAAGUAAGUUUUCUGAUUAUGUCACUGUGCAGAAAUGUUCCCAGUGGCCAGAGUGAAUUAUUUCUUAUAAUUUGGGUUUAGAGGAUUUAAAGAGGGGAGAAAUCUUGGGCUUAGUAUCUGGAAGAAUCUAUACUUUUAAAAUUUUGUUGUGUUUUUUGGUUUGAAGGAGGUUGUUAAAACUCUUAGCCGUAAGUUUAAAAACAUUACAACUUUACCAGUAUUUUUUCCCUUUUCAAAAUAUUAAUUUUAAUUUGUCAAUUAUACCUCAGUAAAACUGAAAAUAAUAUUAACUUUAUUUUUGAAUUUUGAAAGUUUUGCCUGUCACAAACUAGUUAAUGUUACUACAAGAAUUGAUAUCCCAGUUUUAAUUUCUUUUCAUCCCAUUUACUUUUAGAAGAUUUUGUCCAAUUUCCUCUUAAGGCAGGAGCUUCUUUUGAAUAUGUCUAUUAUGUAAACUUGAAGUUUGAUUCCACUCCAUUUGCUUGGAGUUGGAAUACUUAGGGUGAAAGGAAGGCAUCUUGUACUGAGCCUUUUUUGUAUUAAAUACUUGCCAGUUGCUCAUAUUCUUUUGUGUACAAUAAUCAAUAAACCCGUUUGGUCAUUA